GGGGGUUGGGACAGGGGGCUUACAUCUGGACUGGCCAGAGGUUUAUAGAAAGGGCCUCCUCGGAGGAGCCGGACCGAGGUGCCGCCGCCGCCAUCAUGUUUGGCUGUUUGGUUGCGGGGAGGCUGGUACAGACAGUUGCACAGCAGGUAGCGGAAGACAAGUUUGUGUUUGACUUGCCAGACUACGAAAGCAUCAACCACGUUGUGGUCUUCAUGCUGGGGACCGUGCCCUUUCCAGAGGGCAUGGGUGGCUCCGUUUACUUCUGCUACCCUGAUGAGAACGGGGUAGCGGUGUGGCAGCUGCUGGGCUUUGUGACAAAUGAAAAACCAAGUGCCAUCUUCAAAAUUUCUGGCCUAAAAACUGGGAAGGGCAGCCAACAUCCAUUCGGAGCCAUGAACAUCCCCCAAAUGGCAUCUGUAGCCCAGAUUGGAAUUUCUGUGGAGCUGCUGGAACUCUUGGCUCAGCAAACUCCUGUAGCAAGUGCUGCUGUAUCAUCAGUCAAUUCAUUCACAGAGUUCACUCAAAAGAUGCUAGACAAUUUUUAUAACUUCGCUUCAUCCUUUGCUGUCACUCAAGCCCAAAUGACACCCAACCCAUCUGAAGCUUUCAUUCCUGCAAACGUAGUUCUGAAAUGGUAUGAGAAUUUCCAAAGACGACUAACUCAGAAUCCUUUAUUCUGGAAAACAUAAUCUUGAGUCAAGUUCUUUGAGAUGCACUAUAGCCAUUCGUCACAUCUUGAAAUAUUGAGCCUACUAAAGAAAAUCUCAAUGGAUUCAUUCACAUUUGAGAAGAAGGAGGAGGGAGGGGGAAACACAGCUUUUGUAAUAUUUUUGAGACUGUUUCAAAUUAAAGCCCUAAAAAUUA